GCCCUCGCCCUGCCCCGCCCCGCGCGCCCGCAGCGCACCGGCACCGGCGCGUCCGGGAGCGGGGGGUCGGGGUCCGGGGGGUCCGGGUUCGAGUCCCGGGGCCGGUUCCUGGGGGGGGGUGGGGCGGCCAUGGCGCGGCACCCCGGGGUGCUGGGGGUGCUGGUGCUGGGCGCCCUGCUCCGCGCCGCCGCCUUCAACCUCGACACCGCCUUCCCGGUGCUCAAGGAGGGCGCCGCCCGCAGCGGCUUCUUCGGCUUCUCCGUGGCGCUGCACCGGCAGAGCGAGCGGCAGGAGCGGUACCUGUUGCUGGUCGGGGCGCCCCGAGAUGAGGACCCGCAGAACGGCACGAGGACGGGCGCUGUUUACGCCUGCCCCCUCUCCGCCUCCACCAGCGACUGCCAGAGGCUCGACAUCGAGCUGAAGAGUGAGCCGGACAAAUACAUCAUCGAGGACAUGUGGCUGGGGGUGACGGUGGCCAGCCAGCGGCAGCCAGCUGGGAGGGUGCUGGCUUGCGCCCACCGCUACACCAGGGUGCUGUGGUCGGGCAGCGAGGACCAGCGGCGCAUGGUGGGCCGGUGCUACGUGCGGGGCAACGACCUGCGCCUCGACCUGACCGACGAGUGGCAGACGUACCACAACGAGAUGUGCAACUCCAACGUGGACGCGGAGGAGACCGGCAUGUGCCAGAUGGGCACCAGCGCCGGCUUCACCUCCAACAUCAUUUAUUUCGGGGCGCCCGGCGCCUACAACUGGCAAGGUACCAACUACAUGCUGAAGCGGGAGACGUGGGACCUGCACGACUUCUCCUACCCCAACGAGAAGAACGGCAACACCUACAUAGGGUACACGGCGGAGGUGGGCAGCGGCGUGCUGCAGGAGGACGCGGUGACGGUGGUGGCGGGUGCCCCCCGGUACCAGCACACGGGCGCCGUGUACCUGCUGAGCACCAGCCCCCAGAACACCCUGGAGAAGAGCAGCGUGCUCCGUGGCCACCAGGUCGGCUCCUACUUCGGCAGCGCCGUGGCCCUGGCAGACCUCAAUAACGAUGGGUGGCAGGACCUGGUGGUGGGAGCCCCCUACUACUUCCAGCGGAAGCAGGAGGUGGGGGGAGCCGUCUACGUGUACAUGAACGAGGUGGGGGGCUUCCAGCCCGACCCCAGCCUGGUGCUCACCGGCCCCAGCUACUCCGCUUUCGGCUUCGCCAUCGCCAGCAUCGGGGAUAUCAACCAGGACGGCUUCCAGGACAUCGCCGUGGGGGCUCCGUUCGAGGGGGCGGGCAAGGUCUACAUCUACCACAGCAGUGCAGGAGGGCUGCUGGCCAAACCCAGCCAGGUGGUCAGCGGCUCGGACCUGGGCCCCGCCAGCAUGCAGACCUUCGGGUACUCGCUCAGCGGGGGCCUGGAUGUGGACGGCAACUCCUACCCCGACCUCCUGGUGGGCAGCUUGGCGGAGAGGGUGGCCCUGCUCAGGGCUCGCCCCGUGCUCAACAUCCUGGACAAAACCUUCACCGUCACCCCCAGCAAGGUGGAUCCCACCCGCUGCACGCCCAGCUCCUGCAUCACGGUGACCGUCUGCUUCGCCUACAACCAGAGCGCUGGCAACCCCAAGUACAACGAGAAGAUCACCCUGGAGUACGUCCUGGAGGCGGACAAGGAGCGGCACCCCCCCAGGGUGAGGUUUUUGGGGACGCACUCGGCCACCUACCGCGGUGUCUUCCCCAUGCCCGAGACCCGCUGCGAAUCCAAGGAACUCCUGCUGCUGGAGAACAUCCGGGACAAGCUGCACCCCAUCGUGCUCUCCAUGAACUACUCGCUGGUGGAGAAGCCCAGGAGCUUCCAGCUGGGUCCCCACUCCCUCGACGCCUUCCCCGUCCUCAACCAGGACCAGUCCCACGAGAACGAGACCAAGAUCGAGUUCCAGAAGGAGUGCGGCUCCGACAACAAGUGCUACAGCAACCUCCAGAUGCAGAGCGGCUUCAUCAACGAGCAGAAUCAGUUCCUGCCCAGGCUGAACGGCACGCAGGUGCUGCAGUACAGCCGGGACCUGCGCAAGCUCCACCUGGGCGUGAACAUCACCAACGCGCCCAGCACCGACUCCAACGGCGAGGACGCCCACGAAGCCCAGCUCAGCAUCACCGUGCCCCCCAACCUGCUCUUCUCCUCCGUCCGCCCGAGUGGUGCCUGCACCUCCGUGGAGGAGACGGUGCUGUGCGAGCUGGGCAACCCCUUCAAGAAGAACCAGAGGUUGGAGCUGCUCAUCACCUUCGAGGUCAACAGCAUGGCGCUGGACACGCGGGAGGUGCUGAUCUGGCUCGACCUGUCCACGCAGAGCACCCAGGAGGACCUGCAGCCCGUGCUGGCCAAGCUGCUGGUGGAUUACAGCAUCCAGUCCUCGCUGACCGUAGCCCCCUCGCACACCCAGUCGCACUUCAGCGGGGUGGUGGUGGGCGAGUCGGCCAUGCGCAGCGAGCAGGACGUGGGCAGCGCCCUCGCCUUUGACUUCCAGGUGUCCACCAAGGGCGAGGCGCUGGGCGCCCUGGGCACCAUCCUGCUGGGCUUCGAGUGGCCCUACGAGGUCCCCAACGGGAAGUGGCUCCUGUACCCCACCGAGAUCCUCAUCGACGGCAACGGCACCUGCCAGCCCCCCGGGGGGGUCGUCAACCCCCUCAACCUCACGCUGCUGGAGGACAGGACCCCGACGCGGCAGAGACGGGAGCUGGGGGCGGCCGAGCCUGUGGAGCCCCCCCUCACGCUGGCCACCGCCAAGAAGGCCAAGUCGGAGGUGCUGCUGAGCUGCUCCCAGGGCACCGCUCGCUGCGUCUGGUUCGAGUGCCCCCUCCUCGACACCCAGCGCCCCACCACCUUCCGUGUCCGUGCCCGGGUGUGGAACAGCACCUUCAUUGAGGAUUACAGCAACUUUGACCGGGUGAAAGUGGACGGCACGGCCACGCUCUUCCUCCGCACCCACGUCCCCACCAUCAGCAUGAAGAACCACACGGUGCGGUUCUCCGUGGACGUCGACUCGGAGCUGACGGAGGAGCAGCCGGCCGAGAUCGCGCUGUGGCUGGUGCUGGUGGCCGUGGCGGCCGGGCUGCUGCUGCUGGGGCUGAUCAUCGUGCUGCUGUGGAAGUGCGACUUCUUCCAGCGGACUCGCUACUACCGGGUGAUGCCCAAGUACCACGCGGUGAGGAUCCGGCAGGAGCAGCGCUGCCGCCCCCCCGGCCUCCUGGCCCCCCCCCGCCACCGCCGCAAGAAACACUGGGUGACGAACUGGCAGGAGCCAGACAAGUACUACUGACCCCCCCCUCCCCGUGCCCCCCCCACCCUACAGUGCACCCCCCCCCCCCCCCCCCAAGUCCCCGGGGAGCACCAGGACUUCUUGGGUUUACUUUGCACAAGCACCUCGCUCCCUGCCCGCCUCCCGGCGCUGGCUUCGCACGCUCACCUUGCACGCUUGGGGGAGGGGGGGGGCAAUGCCCCCCCUUGGCGAAACCCCCCCCCCCUCCCCACUGCGUCCUCACCCCACUGAGUGCCUUCUGCCCCUGGGGUCCUGUGCAGACACUCCUCCUCCUCCCCCCGUGGGUCCCCCAGGUGGGGGCACGUCCUUGCACGCCGGGACACACUUGCCCCCGCCCCCCCCCCCGCCCAGUUCUCCCCCCUCCCUUUGCUCUGGGCGUGGGGCCCCCCCCAGCUUUGUGCUAUGCGGGGCUGGGGGCUCGUGCCUUCUCCCUCUGCUUGAAGCAGUACAGGGGGGGCUCAUUCUGCACCUUCCCCGCCUGCAUUUUCCUGCUGGGGAGGUGGUGUCCCCCCCCCCCAGCUGUAGCCCCCAGGGGGGCUUCUCUGUCCAGCCCUCCCCCCCCCGACAGACGCAGCUGGGGUUAAGUUAUUCCGUGUCUCUUGUGUGCAUUUGUGUUGAGCCCCAGAGCGGGGUCGGUACUGGGGUCUGGGGGGGCUCUGUGACCCCCUCCCAGCCCAUAACUGCCCCCGCCUUGCUGGGGCCCAAUAAAGCCUCGCUCUGGGAUUUGUAA